AUGGAACUCGAAGAGGAAGAAUUGAAGAGCCUACUUACAGUCUUUGCCAAGAUGGGGAUGUCUCCUAAGGUUGACACCCCUGAGGACCUUAAGACUUGGAUUUCAGGUGUCGCACAACAGGAAGGUCCACUUGUGUUAGAGUCUGGAGCGGCUGCACAGACUGAUUUCAAGCCUUAUACCAUGUCAGGGACUGGUAUAUCACAGCCUCCUGUCGCAACUUAUCAUCAUUUCCCUAAGUUACCUUUCUUUAGCGGCGAAUCAGGCAAGGAUACUCCAUAUGAUCUGUGGAGAUACGAGGUUGAUUGUAUCCUACAGUCGGGAAUACAUACACCUGAUAUUAUUUUGCAGGCUGUCCGGAAGUCAUUGAAGGGUGAAGCUGCUUUGAUUGCCAUGAAGCUUGGUCACACAGCUCAUAUUGAUGAACUUCUGGCAAAGAUUAGGUCUGCUUUUGGGACACUUAGGAGGCGAGAGACUCUUAUGUCGGAGUUCUACGGUGCCACUCAAGGGGAGAAUGAAGACGUCUCUGCAUGGGGUUGCCGACUGGAGAAUCUCAUUUAUCAGAUUUCUUCACAGCGUUCACUCAGUUUGAGUGAACAGGACGAUAUGUUGAGGAGCAAGAUGUGGGAUGGACUUAAGCCUGCUUUGAAGAGUUUAGCUGCCCACAAAUAUGAUGUCAUCACUCAUUUUGAUGAGCUCCGUUUGUGCUUGAGGGAGAUUGAGUUUGACCUGGACCGUGGAAAGUCAGAUGUGCUGAAGAACAAGAAGUCUGCGACUGUGAAGAUGGCUUCUGCCUCUGACUCUUCUGCACCUGCUACGAAGAAGGAAGUGUUAGACUUGCAGGCCAUGAUGAAAGAGAUCAAGACAGAGUUAGCAGAGUUGAAGGAACAUCAUCAACAAUCAGCACAGGUGUUCCAGCAAUACCGUUCUCCCAGUGCUCAAGGAUCUUGGAACUCUUGGAAGGGGACAUGCACCUGUACCUCCUUCUAUGCCACAAGGAUACCGAAGACAUGGACAGGACUCCAGUCAUCGAGAGCCUCCUACAUGCUUCAGAUGUGGAUGUCCUGGACAUAUUGCUAUAGGCUGCCGUGUUCGACUGGACCACUUAAGGCGUCCUUUAAACUUGGACAGGCCUAUGGGAAGGGGUCACCCUUAGGCUCAUUCAGACACCCCACAUCAAGUAAGGUACCGGAUGAGUUAAUAGGUCAUGCAAAUGAGGUCAACAUAGAAAUUGAAGGUGUGCCUGUCAAUGCUUUGCUUGACACUGGGGCCACUGUCUCAAUUAUUUCUGAAUCUUUUUACAGGGAACAUUUGCAUACUAUUCCUAUUGAACCUCUCUGUGGUAUCUUAGACAUAGAGUGUGCUGGAGGAAAACAACUUCCUUAUCUUGGAUAUGUGAGAGUAGGUGUGUCCAUUACAGGAGGAGGAGUCAAUGACGAGGAUCCUGUAUCUUGUUUAUUACUGGUAGUCCCUGAUACAAGAUACAAUUCAAGAGUUCCAGCGCUUCUUGGAACAAAUGUGUUGAGCUGUUUGCUUGAGGACUGCAGGACACUCCAUGGACAAAGGUUUCUCCAGAAAGCCGCCUUACACACUCCUUGGUAUCUGGCUUACAGGACCAUAGUGUUGCGUGAUAAGGAACUUGCAAGGAAUGGAAGUUGUCUUGGCCUGGUAAAGAGUACAGAGGACAAGAGUUUGAUCAUCCCUCCUAACAGCAACAUUAAGAUUAAAGGACGGGUCACCAAGGGAAUGACAUCCCCAGCGGUGUGUGCUCUGUUACAGCCAACAGCACAUGCUUCAUUACCAGAUGACCUUGACAUUGCCCCUACCCUCAUCACUUAUGACAGCUCAAGGCGAGACACAGUUGAUGUUCACAUCUCCAACAUAACAAUGCGGACAGUUGUCAUUCCUCCCAGAGCAUUGUUGUGUGAAGUACAGCCUGUUACUAUACAGAAGCCUCCCACUGGUCAACCUGUUGAACCAGAGGAUCUUAUGGAUCAAGUGGAGAUUGACAAGACAGAUCUGACUAGACUGCAGUUAGGACAAGGACUUGAUGUCAUUAUGCGUUUUGCUGACAUAUUCUCCAAGCAUGAUGAGGAUAUUGGACACAGUAGCAUGGUGCAUCACAGGAUUGAUUUAGUUGAUGACACUCCAUUCAAACAGCGACACAGAAGAAUACCACCAUCCAUGUAUGAUGAAGUCCGGAACCAUCUACAAAUUCUUUUGUCAGCUGGAAUCAUCAGGAAGUCUCACAGUCCUUGGGCGUCUAAUGUAGUCUUAGUUCGCAAAGGCAAUGGACAGCUGAGGAUCUGUAUAGAUUAUCGCGAACUUAACAAUCGGACCAUAAAGGACUCAUAUGCGCUGCCGCGGAUUGAGGAAUUAUUAGACUGUUUGGGAGGUAAUAAAUUCUUCUCCGUCUUGGACAUGAAGAGCGGAUAUCAUCAAGUUGAGGUCGAAGAAGACCAUAAACAACGGACAGCUUUCACUGUAGGACCUCUUGGAUUUUUUGAAUAUAAUCGGAUGCCAUUUGGACUCUCAAAUGCGCCAGCGACAUAUCAACGCCUUAUGGAGCAGUGCCUGGAAGGUCUACAUCUUAAUAUAUGUCUCAUAUAUCUUGAUGACCUGAUAAUAUUUUCCAGAACCUAUGAAGAGCAUGUUGAGAGACUACAGCUUGUGUUUCGGAGACUUCAGGAAUGUGGCUUAAAACUUGCAGCAAAGAAGUGUAAGUUCUUCAAGAGGAAAGUCAGAUAUGUUGGAUAUAUCGUCUCAGAACACGGAAUCGAAGCUGAUCCAGAGAAACUUGACAAAGUCAAGAACUGGCCUAGACCUACCACACCAGAAGAAGUCAGAAAAUUUCUUGGGUUUGCCGGCUACUACCGGAAGUUUAUUAAGGAUUUUUCCAAGAUAGCGAAACCUUUAUCAGAACUGAUGCCCAAGUCUGCUUCAAAGAAACCACGACGACCACCCACAGAUGUAAACUGGAUAUGGGAUGAAGAUCAGGAGAAUGCCUUCACUGAACUGAAGAAUCGUCUCUCCACCCCACCAGUACUUGGAUACGCUGACUACUCAAAGCCAUUUGAACUACACACAGAUGCCAGUGGUCAUGGAUUGGGUGCAGUGCUGUAUCAACAUCAGGAAGGGAAGUCACGGGUCAUUGCCUAUGCAAGUAGAGGACUAAGCCGAUCUGAGAGAAACUACUCAGCACACAAGCUUGAAUUCUUGUGCCUGAAGUGGGCUAUCUCGGAGAAGUUCCACGACUACUUGUAUGGACAUGACUUUUUGGUCGUCACCGACAACAACCCUUUGACCUAUGUGUUAACAAGUGCUCGACUGGAUGCAACUGGACAUCGAUGGCUAGCGUCUCUAUCCAGUUAUAACUUUAGCCUCAAGUAUCGACCUGGAAAAGCCAAUACUGAUGCUGAUGCUCUGUCACGUCUACCAGAGAAGAACACAGAUGAAAUGGAACAGAUUUCAAGGGAUUCUGUUGAAGCCAUUUGUAAUUCUGUACAUAUCACCAACUUAGUGGAAAGUUUGUGUCUAUCCACUGAUGUUGUAGAUCAUGAAGAUCUGGAUUUGACGGGUGACAGAUGUGACCAGAAUGCCAGGGAUUGGAGACACACACAAGCGAAAGACCAAUUACUUGUGGAAAUCAUAGACCACUUGCGGAAUGGGACGAGACCAGACAGAACUCAGUUUCUACGGGACCAAGAGAUGACUACUCUGCUUAAAAGCUACAAACAGUUCAAGCUCAAAAGAGGAGUUUUAUACAGAGUCACCAAUGUCAAUGGAGCUGAUCACGACCAGUUGGUUCUUCCAUCUAGAUGUCGCACUGCGGCUAUGAGGAGUUUACACGACAAUGUUGGACAUCCUGGCAGAGACAGGACAAUGUCACUAUUGAGAGAUAGAUUUUACUGGCCCGGAAUGUCUCGUGAUGUUGAAACUCACCUGCAUAAUUGCGAGAGAUGUUUGAAGAGAAAAACACCAACCAACAUCAGAGCCCCAUUGAUAAGUGUUGAGACAGCAGAACCUUUGGAACUUGUUUGCAUGGAUUUUCUUACCUUAGAACCAUCAAAAGGAGGAGUAGAACAUGUUUUGGUUGUGACUGAUCACUUUACUCGUUAUGCACAAGCAUACCCAACCAAGAACAUGACUGCUAAGACAACAGCUGAGACUUUCUUUUCGAACUUCAUAGUUCAUUACGGUCUACCCAAGAGAAUUCACUCGGAUCAGGGAGCCAACUUCACCAGCAAGAUAAUGCAAGAGUUAUGCCAGUUAUUGAACAUCGACAAGUCCCGCACAACACCUUACCAUCCAAUGGGCAACGGGAUGUGUGAGCGAUUUAAUCGUACCCUAUGCGACAUGCUUGGCACUCUUGAUCAGGACAGGAAGAAGAAUUGGAAGGCUCAUGUAGGACCACUCGUCCAUGCCUACAACUGUACCCGCCACGAAUCAACAUCAACAGCUCCAUUCUAUUUGAUGUUCGGGAGACACCCUAGACUACCUGUGGAUUUAGCUUUUGGCUUGGACAUAGAGAAACAAGGUACCAAGUCCACCACCGAGUACACCAAGUCAUUGAAAGAUCGCCUCAGACAAGCCUAUGAGCUAGCUACUACAGCAGCAAUGAAAUCACAAUCCAAGCAGAAGAUUGGCUAUGAUCACAGCGCCAGAGCAGCCAUGUUAGAGCCAGGAGACCGGGUCUUAGUGAAGAUCGUUGCCUUUGAAGGUAGGCAUAAGCUAGCUGACAGGUGGGAGGAAGAUGUUUAUGUCGUGCUACGCCGACCCAACCCAUCCAUACCAGUCUUUGAAGUUGGUAAGGAAAAUGGUGAGGGGCGGAAGAGAAUUUUGCAUCGUAACCUCCUGCUGCCAGUUGGUUCUAUGCCUAGCCUUGGUGUGCCAAUACCCAAACCAAGACGACAGAGGACACUGCCAGUAGCACCAGUUGCUAGGACAACAGAAAGUAACGACGAUGUUUCAUCGGAUGAGGAUACUGUUGUUGAGUAUGCCCACCCUCCACAAGCUUCAGUGUCCACUGAUAUACCAGUGGAUGGGCCAACUGAAGAGGAACCAUCAGAGACUGUAUCUGAAGGAGAUGGAACUCCUAUUGCAGAGGGGGAGGAAGAGCCAACUGAGGAUGCUGUUCAGCAUGUUGAGCAGAUUCGUGAAGAAGAUGGCGCUACUGGGACAGAUCAUGAUGAUGACAAUGACAAUGAAGAAAGAGAGCAACAUCCAACUCCAGAGAUAACCACUCCUGUUCCACGUCCACGGCAGUCUACUAGGACCCGGACACAGCCGAAAUGGAUGAAGAGUGGAGAGUUUGCUCUCUCUGCAGUUGCAGAUCGGGACUGGCGUACGCGAGCCAACUUUCUCAGCUCACUUCAAGCUGACGGAUUGUUCCGAGAACAGCAGCACCGACUUUCUGAUGCCAUCUUGGAUCUUGUCACUGGCAAGGUAAAGUGACGUGGACGUCAUUUUUCGAUGGAGGGAAGUAUGUGGCCGAUGUAGUUUUUGUAUAUAUUUGUUUUAAUUUCAUUUUAGGUUUUUACGUAUAUUUAUCAUAUAUAACUAGUUGUCCGUUUCAGUCAGCUAUAACAAAGUGUAUCUGACCUGUCUUACCUACUAACUGCCCCAUGGCCAGAAGCUUCAUUUGCUGAUUGGCCAAGCUAACACCUAUUGUUAAACUGCAUGCUUUGAUUACACUGCAUACUCUCUCAGCACAUAAACUGACAGAACUGCUCAGACCAGCAAAGUGUAAAGAGAGAAUAUUAAAUCAGGUGAGUUAAAUAGUUAUAAUCUAUAUCUUGUGUUGUAUUUAAAUAAUACAGUAUGUUCAAAGUGUUAUAUGAAGUAAACUAAAUGUAUGUAAUCUAACAUAAAUGUUGAUUUAUGUCUAAAUAUUUAAAUCUGCAUAGGAUAAGCUAAACAUCCAUACUUUAUCACUAAAAUGUAUUCUAUCACUUCAAUGAAAUAUGUGUGAAAGUGUUUUACCUCAAGAGUGUUUUAAUAAGCUUUGUAAUGUAGAGAUUUAGAUGUGAUACAAUGCAAAUCAUUGUAAAGAAAAUGUGUGUAUUACUUUGUUCAAUAUAUUAAAUGUUAAAUAGUGUUUUAGUCUAUGUAUUGUUUAUUCAGAUAAUCUAUGGUGUUGCCAUAUAGGCAGUUGGGAUCCACACCCUUGUAUCACCCACAGGGGUGUAUGAUAUAUAGAUCCUUAUCACACUCGACGCAUCGCAAUAAAGACCUCAACCCCGCAGCAUGUGUUUGUUCGC